AUGAGAAGGAAGCUAAGAAAUGGAAAGGGGGCCCGCGCUGGGAUAUGCCCAGGCGCGGGCGAAAUCGCUGGAGCGCUGAGGCAGUCGCGCGCGGCUAAGUCCCCACUGCAAGGGCGGGCUAGCGGCGCGCGCCCGAAAACCGCCGGCGCCGGCGCGCUGAGGCACUCGCGCGCGCCUAAGUCCCCACCACAGGGGCCAGGCUAGCAGGCGCGCGCAACGACCGAGGCGCCCCUGUCGAGCUGAGAGUGGACUCUUCACAUGACGAUCAGCAGCGGCCUCACUAUAUCGCCUUGUAUGUCGACGACCUCCUCAUUGUCAGUCCAGCCCUCGACGAGAUCGAACGUGUCAUCUCCGGCCUUGAACAGCGGUACGGCGUCAAACGACUCGGCCCCGCGGAGUACAUCCUCGGAAUCCAAAUACGCCGCCUGGACGACGGUUCCAUUGCUCUAUCCCAGGAGCGCUACAUCAUGGACGUGCUGGCCCGUUUCCACUUCGACACCACGACACGCGGCACUACGGUGCCGAUGACGCCCGGCCUCUCGCUCACGGCAAUUCCGGGUCAGGGAACGGAGCGCAUUCGUUCGUGGUACCUACAGGCCAUCGGCUCCCUCCUCUACAUCUCCCUUGGCACUCGACCCGACAUUGCCUUCGCCGUCUCGUACCUGUCCCGGUUCGCCAACAACCCCGGCCGCCGCCAUUGGAUUGCCGUCAAACACGUCCUUCGCUACCUUCGCGCCACGUACCGCGAUGAGCUUCUCUAUGCCCGCGGCCCAGCAAAAGUCACGGGUGUGGUUGGUUAUUCUGAUGCGAACUGGGGCGCCUGCGUCGACACAUCCAUUUCAACGAUGGGCUACGUAUUUUACUUGGCAGGCGCCGCUGUCUCUUGGUCGUCGAAGCGUCAGACUCGGGUAGCGGAUUCCACCACUGAUGCCGAGUACCUGGCCUUGUCGCACGCGGGUAAGGAAGCGAUCUACCUUAACCAACUCCUCUCCGAGCUCCACGUUUGCCCAAUCGCUGCAGCUCACAUCUUCACCGACAACGAGGCCGCGGCCGCCGUCGCUCACGACCCCGUUCGCACCUCCGGCACCCGGCACAUUCGCCUCCGCGAGCAUUUUGUCCGUGACAUGGUCAAUCGAGGUGAUAUCUCUCUCUCACACGUUGGCACAGCAGACAUGGUUGCGGACGUAUUCACCAAAGCGCUAGGCCCCAAGAUUUUUGGUACACAUUGCUAUGCUCUAGGCCUCCGGACGCGACAUCCACGGCUCAAGUCUACCUCGCGUUCGCGUGGGGGGGGGUGUGAGGAAUCCACUCUCCGCUCGGCUCAGGACUUAGGCGCGCGGAGCGAACCGGGCGCGGACUUAGGCGCGCGGAGUGAGCCGGGCGCCCCGGCCCAGGACUUAGGCGCGCGGAGCGAGCCUGGGCCAUUGGCUCAGCCCCAGGCUCGCUGGCUGUGGACUUGGGGCGCGCGGGUCUCUUAUUGUUAG